AUGAAGUAUAUCACUGCUCUCUCCGCAAUCCUCUCCGCUGCCUCAGCACAAGUCACAGUGUACCCCUGGUGGGAGUUCUACUGUGGCUCUUCGUGCACCGACGGAACCCUCAUUGGAUCAGGCACACUCGACGUUAACCUUACUGGCUGCACCGAUCUUGGCACUACUUAUGAUUAUUGCUAUUUUGUCAGUGAGAAGAAUACCACAAUGUAUCGCGUUGAUCUCUCUGAGAAACCCGACUGUUGGGCGGACGCCAAUCCUGUUCUCUACUCGGGUGAUUGCUCUAGUGCUGGGAACUGGGGGUGGUACGGAAUCCUUUAUGAUGCAUAA